CAAAUAGAACAUAUUGGUGGGAGUGGGUAUAUAUAGAGUAGUAGUAUUUGUGAAGCAAGAAGAAUAAAAAUUGUUAGUGGUAGUGGGCGGGGGAAUAUGGAUGGGGAACUACACAUAAUGUUAUUUCCGUUCCCAGGUCAGGGGCACUUGAUACCAAUGAGUGAUAUGGCGAGAGCAUUUAAUGGAAGAGGGGUGAGGACAACCAUAGUGACCACUCCACUCAACGUAGCCACUAUUCGUGGAACGAUAGGAAAAGAGACAGAGACAGAUAUAGAAAUCCUGACGGUGAAAUUCCCUAGUGCAGAGGCUGGUUUACCUGAGGGAUGCGAAAAUACAGAGUCAAUCCCCUCCCCUGACUUGGUACUGACUUUCUUAAAGGCAAUCAGGAUGUUGGAAGCCCCCUUGGAACACCUACUCCUUCAACACCGUCCUCAUUGCCUUAUAGCCAGUGCUUUCUUCCCUUGGGCAUCUCAUUCCGCCACUAAACUCAAAAUCCCCAGGCUUGUCUUUCAUGGCACCGGUGUCUUCGCCUUAUGUGCCUCUGAAUGCGUCCGACUCUACCAGCCUCACAAGAAUGUUUCUUCUGACACCGACCCCUUUAUCAUUCCUCAUCUUCCGGGAGACAUCCAGAUGACAAGGCUGUUGUUGCCCGAUUACGCUAAAACCGAUGGAGAUGGAGAAACUGGCCUCACAAGAGUCUUGCAGGAAAUAAAGGAAUCAGAGCUCGCAAGCUACGGGAUGAUUGUUAAUAGCUUUUACGAACUGGAGCAGGUGUACGCAGAUUAUUAUGACAAGCAGCUGCUACAGGUACAGGGAAGGAGGGCGUGGUACAUAGGUCCUCUUUCCCUGUGCAACCAAGACAAAGGCAAGCGAGGAAAGCAAGCUUCCGUUGACCAAGGAGACAUUUUGAAGUGGCUGGACUCCAAGAAAGCAAAUUCGGUGGUGUACGUUUGUUUUGGAAGCAUAGCCAACUUCAGUGAAACUCAGCUGAGAGAAAUAGCGAGGGGGCUUGAGGAUUCGGGGCAACAAUUCAUAUGGGUUGUGAGGAGAAGCGACAAAGACGACAAGGGGUGGCUUCCAGAGGGGUUUGAGACAAGAACGACAAGUGAAGGGAGAGGAGUGAUUAUAUGGGGUUGGGCACCCCAAGUGCUAAUUCUGGACCAUCAAGCUGUGGGAGCCUUUGUCACACACUGUGGAUGGAAUUCCACGCUCGAAGCAGUGUCGGCGGGGGUCCCCAUGCUCACCUGGCCCGUCUCUGCAGAGCAAUUCUACAAUGAAAAGUUUGUGACCGAUAUACUUCAAAUCGGGGUCCCUGUUGGUGUUAAAAAAUGGAAUAGAAUUGUGGGGGACAACAUAACCAGUAACGCGCUUCAGAAGGCACUCCAUCGUAUAAUGAUAGGGGAAGAAGCAGAGCCUAUGAGAAACAGAGCACACAAACUGGCGCAAAUGGCAACAACGGCGCUCCAACACAAUGGAUCAUCUUACUGCCACUUCACUCAUUUGAUACAACACCUUCGCUCCAUUGCAAGCCUUCAAAAUUAACUCCCCCAUCCCUUUACCCUCGCAAUCAACUUUGCCUAAUAACUACUUCACAUCUCAAUGCAAAUAAAUUGAAUUGAAUUCGUGAUAUUCUUCAAAGUUUAUUUUAAAA